AUGACAAUAAUCAAAUCGAAUACAUCAUUUCUAUAUAAUACAAAUGAUAAUUCAAAAAUAGUUUUCGAUUGUAUUGAUUCGCAUGUAAUUGAUGAUCGUGAUCCAAAUCAACAUGUUUUGUUUCGAACAAAUCAUCUAGUACCUUAUUGUCGACGUCCAUUAUCAAUUGAUCCUAUUAAUAAAAUACAAGGACAUAUAGAAAAUACAUACACAUUUAAAAGCUUAAUGUUACAAGGAAUUACGAGUGACGAUCUUUUUCAAUGGUCAGUAUCAAUUGAUAUGAUUGAACUAUAUUCUAUAUAUCUCAUUACAAAUGAUGCAAAAUUUGGUGAAUAUAUUUUUAAUAAUUGUUCAUCAUUAUGGUUUGGUUCGAAUUGUCAAUAUACAUUUAAUUUAAAUGUUUUUAUUGAAUCAUUUGGGGAUUUUGUAAAAUCUUCAUUCAAAGCUCGUAAAGAUUAUAUGGGAAAAGUUUUGAUACAUACUUGUUAUCCUCAUUUAUCUGGAUGUUAUCGUGGUCCUGAACCGAUGUGUUUAGAUUGGCGUGAAAUAUGCGAUGGAAAAAUCGAUUGUAUUGGAGAGAAAUUUGGUAUAGAUGAACAAUAUUGUAAUGAACUUGAACUAAAUGAAUGUAAAGAAGAUGAAUAUCGAUGUCAUAAUGGAGCACAAUGUAUUCCGCUUGAAUUCUUUCGUGAUAGUCGAACAAGUAAAGAUUGUUUGGAUGGAACAGAUGAAACUGAAAAUUUUCGUAUAUCGUCAUUUUCGAUUCCGGAAAAAUCUUUACAAUGUAUCGAUUCAAUGAUAUUCGCUUGUGAAGAAGGAACAUGUCGUCAACCACAUUUAUUUUCAUGUGGCGAUGGAACUUGCGUAAAAUCUAACUUUGGUUUUGAUCCUGUUAGUAUUAGACAAAGUAUUUGUAUAGGUACAAGUCGUAGUAUCUACUAUCUUCAAGCAAUUUUUAAAUCAGCCAAACAAUAUCCGGAUGAUUGUUAUCUUUUAUUAUUUUGUAAACUCGGUUUUUAUUACAUUCUCCAAAAUGAUGCAUACAAUAUAGAAGAUUGUUUACAUGCAGAUUGGUCAUCAAUAAACUGUACAUUAGAACACCUUUCAUUUCCUCUUGAACCUAUUUUACAUGGUUAUUUUCAACCGAUUUAUUUAACUAAAAGCUUGAUCGAAAGUGAUAAUGAUAAUGGAUGGCCAAUAUAUAUCUGUACUGAUCCAAGAUUAUGUUUAUAUUUGCCAAAAACAAUAAAUAAUAUCAAUGGUUUAAAUUGUCGUUCACCUCCAAUAUUAUCCUUCAACAAUCCGGGUUUGUCAUAUCAUUUGAGAAAAGAUGCUACGAUUUGUGAAUUAAUGGGAAAUAUUAAUGAAUAUCAAUCAAAUUCAUCAUUAUUUUAUUGUGAAAAAUCUCAUAAAUAUAUAUCAAAACAUCGUCUCAUUGAUGGUAUUCAAGAUUGUUAUUAUAAUGAAGAUGAACUUUAUAAAGAUAGUUGUUUAUUAAAUGAUACUCAACGUUUUAAAUGUACAUCAGAAACAAAAUGUUUAUCACCUAUAGGUAUUGGCCUUGAUCAACCUCAAUGCAAAAAUAGAGAAGAUGAAAAUUUUGACAAUCAAGAAAUAUUUAUAUAUUCACGUCUUUGUAAUGAUAUACAUGGUUUUGCAGAAUUAGUACCAGAAGAUGGUGAAACCGAUGAAACUAAUUGUGAAUGGUGGCCUUGUCUUACACCGUACACUCGAUGUGAUAAUAUUUUUCAAUGUGCUAAUGGUAUCGAUGAAUUAAAUUGUCCUAAUGUUAAUUGUAAUAUUAAUGAAUUUAAAUGUCAAAUUAUUAAUUCAUCUGAUAAUUAUUAUUGUAUUCCUCAAGAAUAUAUUUAUGAAGAACCAAUCGAUUGUAUUAAUCAUGAUUUUCAUUCUAAUCUCUGGCGAAAAAUAUUUUAUUCAAAUAAUUUGACGUUUAAUAUUAAUAAAAAAUAUAUAUCAUGGAAAGAAAAGACUUGUUUAACAAAAAAUGAUAUUUGUAAUAAUUCAUUGACUAAUGAUCAACAAUUAAUAUGUAAUAUUGUUGAAAAAGAAAAUAUUCGUAUUAACCCUAAAUUCUUAAUAAAUUUGUAUAAUAAUGAAACAUUCUGUCGCAUGGUAGAUCAUGAUGCUGUCUAUAACAGUGGUCUUUAUUAUUUUUCUACAUGGAAUUUGGGAUAUUUACCAUCGAUAAUAAAUGAAACAUUAUCAUCAUCUCAACAAUCUAUUAAUAUUAAACCAAAAAAAUCUCUUCAAAUCAAUACCAGUAUUGAAUUAAUUGAAUAUUGUAAUCGUGGAAUUGUUCUAUUCGAAGGUAAAUCUUAUGAAAAGAAAUGUUUAUGUCCACCUAAUUAUUACGGUGAUCGAUGUCAAUGGCAAAAUCAACGUAUUAGUUUAACAUUUCAAAUACUUACAUUAGGUACACUUGAAAAUAAACUUUCUAUUUAUGACAUAUUUAUUUAUUUAAUUGACGAUCAAAAUCAAAUAAUACAUAAUUAUGAAAAAAUAAAUUAUUUUCCAACAAUAGAUGGUACUACAAAAUAUAAUCGUUAUUUACUUUAUCCUGAUCAACCAAAAAAUCCUAAUUAUACAUAUUCAAUACGUAUUGAUAUUUAUGAAAAAUUAAUAUUAAAUUAUUAUGGAAGUUGGUAUUUAUUUAUUCCAUUUUCAUUUUUACCAGUUAAUCGUAUUGCAACACAAAUUCGUAUUCCAUCAGAAAAAUCUCAAUCAUUAAAAAAAUGUUCAAUUCAAUGUGGAAACCAUGGACAAUGUUUUAAAUAUAUUAAUUCACCCAAAGAAUUUUGUCAUUGUGAUCAAGGUUAUUCUGGUCGAUUUUGUCAUUUAACAUAUCAACACUCAUGUUCACCAGAUUCAAUUCCUUUAAAUUCAUCAAUUUGUUUAUGUCCAUUAAAUAAAUUUGGUUCAAAAUGUUAUUUACAACAUAAGUAUUGUCGAUUUAAUAAUAACCCAUGUCAAAAUAAUGGUCUAUGUACUCCUAUGAAUUAUCAUAUAAACCAUAAUGAUUUUAUUUGUUUAUGUCCUGAACAUUUUACUGGAUCUUAUUGUGAAUAUCAAUCAAGUAAAAUUAAUAUUUAUUUUAAAAUCAAUUCAAUUCCACAAUUAAUCUUUGCUCAUUAUAUUAUUUCACAUCAUGAUAAAAAACAUGAAAGAAUAACAAUGAUUAAAAAAAUUCCAUCUGAUCGAAAUUCAAUUGAAUUAUCUUAUAAAACUCCAUUUAAUUUAUUAUUUAUUGAAUUUGAAAAUAAUUAUUAUCUUACUGUAGUACGAGAAAAAUCAAUUCAAUAUGAACAUAUUUCUACUGAUAUAAAUGUAGAUAAUAAGUGUGAAAAUAUAACGAAAUUCUUAAAUUCAACAGUACUUAAUUAUAAAAAUCUUCGUCGAUUAAAAUAUUAUCAAUUACCAUGUGUAGAAAAUGCAAAAUUAAAAUGUUUUUAUGAUAAUGCAUACAUGUGUGUUUGUGAUAACUCACGAUAUUCAAAUUGUUUUGACUUUACUCAUAAUAUGUUUUAUAAUUGUCAAGGUUAUAAUUAUUGUGAAAAUAAUGGCAGAUGUUUUCAAGAUAGUACAACUUAUCCAACAACUUCAAUAUGCAUGUGUGAACAAUGUUAUUAUGGAAAUAAAUGUCAAUUUAGUACUAUAGGUUUUAGUAAAUCACUUGAUGUUAUAUUUGGAUAUCAUAUAAAACCAUUUAUUUCAUUUACAAAACAAUCCAAUGCAGUGAAAAUGACUGCAUCGAUAACAAUUAUAAUGUUAAUAUUUGGUAUUAUUAAUGGAGUAUUAUCAAUAUUAACUUUUAAAAAAGAAUCAUUACUUAAAGCAGGUCGUGGAAUAUAUUUAUUAACAAAUUCAGUUAUAUCAAUAUUAACAAUAAUUAUAUUUACAAUUAAAUAUUUUCAACUGAUUGUUUUUCAUAUGAAACUUAUAACAAAUAUAUCAUUUAUUCAUGUUAAUUGUCUAUUAACCAGGGGCGUAAGUCAGGUUUUUGGUGAUUGGUUAAUUGCAUGUGUUGCUAUUGAAAGAUCAUUAAAUGCUAUACAAGGAAUAUAUUUUAAUAAAUUAAAAAGUAAAUAUAUAGCUAAAUAUGUGAUAGGAAUAAUAUUUAUAUUAAUAAGCAUAUCUUAUAUUCAUGAUCCAAUAUCUCGUCGACUAUUUCAUGAUUAUGAUGAUGAACAAAGAAUAUGGUGUAUUCUACAAUAUUCAACAAAUUUAAAAAAAUAUGAUAAAUUUAUAAAUUUAUUUCAUGUUUUAACACCAUUUAUAAUUAAUAUUUUAUCUGCUAUAUGUAUUACGAUUCAAGUAUUUCGAGCACAUACAAAAACUAAGAAAUCGAAUUAUAAAAAACUUCUUUUUAUUCAAAUUAAACAAGAUAAAUAUCUUUUUAUAUCACCAUGUAUAUUGAUAUUAUUAUCUAUUCCUCGUUCGAUUAAUUCAUUUUUAUUUGGAUGUAUAGGAUCAACACGUAAUCCAUGGCUAUAUUUAACUGGAUAUUAUGUUUCAUUUAUGCCACCAUUACUUAUUAUUAUUUUACUUAUUUUACCUUCAAAAACAUACAAAAAGGAAUUACUUUCUAUUAUAAGAAAAAUAAAUUUUCUUUCAAAAUAA